AUGGCAGCUGCCUUCCUGAUGACUGCUAAGAUUUGCAGAGAACAGCCUUGGUGGCUACCAUAUUGGAAUUCAUCCUCCAUAGUAACAGACUCAGAAUAUAGAUUCCAGAUAAAGAUUGUUCCCUUGAAGUUAACAGCCUGCCAGAUUUUUUCCCCCUUCAGUCACAGAGUGUAUGAGCUAUCACUACCUGAAUGCCUCGGGCUACUAAGUCCCAGGUUUAAUUCCCUGCACCACCAUAAACCAGAGCUGAGUAGUGUUCCUAAUGCUGCUAAUCAGGGCCAGAUAUUUGAAGCUUACAAUAUGGCAGCUUUGUGGAAACUGCCUUGUAUUUUCAUCUGUGAGAAUAACUGCUAUGGAAUGGGAACAUCUGUUGAGAGAGCAGCAGCCAGCCCUGAUUACUACAAGAGAGGCGACUUCAUCCCUGGGCUGAGGGUAGAUGGAAUGGAUAUCCUGUGUGUUCGAGAGGCAACAAAGUUUGCAGCUGCCCAUUGUAGAUCUCUAAAGGGGCCCAUACUGAUGGAGCUACAGACUUACCGUUACCAUGGACACAGCAUGAGUGAUCCCGGAGUCAGUUACCGCACAAGAGAAGAAAUUCAGGAAGUAAGAAGUAAGAGUGAUCCGAUUAUGCUUCUCAAGGACAGAAUGGUGAACAACAACCUUGCCAGUGUUGAAGAGCUAAAGGAAAUUGAUGUUGAAGUAAGGAAAGAAAUUGAGGAUGCUGCCCAGUUUGCCACUGCUGAUCCUGAACCACCCCUGGAAGAGCUGGGCUACCACAUCUAUAGCAGUGAUCCACCUUUUGAAGUUCGUGGUGCAAAUCAGUGGAUCAAGUUCAAGUCUAUCAGCUAAGGGAAAAUUGCAUCUAAUCAAUGGUUAUACCUUUACUGAGCUAUUCAACUGUGAGGAGGUCUUGUUUUCUCAAUUCUGUUAAGGAGGAAUUAAACG